UACCCAGUUUCAAAACUUGCCCAAACUAGUGUGAGUGAGAGUAGAUGGCCGGGCGAUAAGCAGAGGAAUAUUACUGAAUAUACUGUAUUUAACCUGUUUUUAGAUUAUAAAUAUGACUUAUUUCAUGUGGAUAUAUCGGGUGUAGGCUGUAGAAGCUGCUAGAGAAGGAGAAUGGAUGGGAAUAUGAUCGGUCCGGGGCCGUAUAGAGCCACCAAACUGUGGAACGAGAUGGUGAAGCUGUUUCGGGGGGGAAUGCCGCUGAGAAGACACUGGGCACACUUUCGGAGUUAUGAUCACAGUUUCACCGGAUCUGAAGGUGUGGAUUACCUGCACGAGCUGCUGAAGCGUAAUCAGAACUUCGGGCCCGAGGUGACCCGGUACCAGUCUCUCCAGCUGCUCAGGAAGUUCCUGAAGAACCACGUUAUUGAAGAUGUUAAAGGACGAUUCGGGAAAGAGGACUUCGAAGAUAGUGGGCGUUUGUACAGGUUUCCUCCACAAUCACCUCUGAAGCCCCUCCCUCACCGUAUUCCAGCAUCCCAGAUCGGAUUUAUUCCCCCCAUCCCGCGCUGGGAGGAGUGUGAAGAAAAGAUGCAAGUGUCUGACAAGAUACCUAUGAAGCCUCUGGUUCUGAAUUCUGAGACAUGGAAUAAGAGGCACAGUAUCGCUAUCGGGGAAGUGCCGGAGUGUAAACUGGUGCGGAGGAAAGACAUCACACCCAAACAUGUGGACCAGGUCUGGAAAUCCAUGACGUUAAAUCAUUUACAGAACGUUCUGGGCCUCCAGUCUUUAGACGGGGUUCUCGAUUCCAAGCUGAUGAGUCCAAAACACAUCGUCCAUAAUGUGUUCAGCGUCAACAGACAAGGCAUCGUGGUACUGAAGAACAAAUCAGAGGAUUUACCCCACUGGGUUUUAUCUGCAAUGAAAUGUCUGGCAAACUGGCCCAAUGGAAACGACAGUAAUCAGCCCAUGUAUCCUGGAUUUGAGCGAGACGUUUUCCGAACAGUCGCUGAACAUUUCCAGAGGUUAAAGGAGCCGCUGUUAACGUUUCACCUUUAUGAAAUCUUUGUCAACAUAUUGGGACUUCUUCCCGGGCAGCAGGUGGCGGUGGAGGCGCUGCAGGUCUGCUCUCUCCUCCUGCCUCCCGCUAAUCGCCGUAAACUGCAGCUACUGAUGCGCCUGAUGGCCAAAGCCUGUCAGAACCACGCCCUCCCGCCGCUCAACGACGCCAUCGGCACCCGCACACUCAUGGUGCAGACCUUCUCCCGCUGCAUCCUGUGCUCUUCUGAUGAAGUGGACCUGGAUGACCUGCUGGCCACCAAACUGGUCAACUUCAUGAUGGACAACCAUGAGAACGUCCUGAAGGUUCCGGUUGAACUGCACAAAUCUGUAGAGGAGCACCUGUCCCAUCUGAGACGAGCUCAGAUAAAGUAUGCGGGUGCAGACACAGACCUGGGGGCGGAGUCUCCGGCCCACUCGUUCUGCAGGCAGAUCAGCAGGGCGGAGUUUGAGGAGCAGAGGGUGACGGGAUCACAGGGGGCGAUGGUGGAGCUGCUGGAGGGCAUCAUACAGGACAAGAGUAUGAGCUUUAAAGACAAGAAGAAGAAGCUCAAACAGUUCCAGAGAUCCUAUCCGGACAUCUACCGCAGACGCUUCCCCACCCCCGAGAGCGAGAGCGCCGUGUUCCCGGAGAAACCUCAGCGCCUCAAACCUCAGCUGAUGUUCUUCACCCUGAAGAAACCUCUACAGCCCUUCCAGAGGAGCUGGAGCUUCCGCGCCUGAUUAUAGCACUCAGUAUAACUGUUUUAUACAUCAGCCUGCUGUAGCCAAUGGAGUUCUGAGCUCCUGAGUAAUACUGGAACAGUGCAGUAUUAAAAUAGACUUGAGAACUGGACACUGGAAUAUAAAAACUCUGCUUUAGAACUGAGUGCUCUCUCAGUGGGAGAAGCUCAUCUUUGUGUAUUUUAGUAAACUUAUCACUGAACAUUUCUACUACCAAGACUUGAAAUUCUGCUAAAAACUGAAAACUAAAAUCAAAAUAGUCACUAAAACUUGACUAAAACAGCAUUUAAUGAGGCUGUGAGGCUGGACGUUGAAGGUAUAAAGUAACUGGUGUACAUUUUUAUAUAUACACUAGCCUGGAACAAUCCAUAAACACAUGUACUGUAUUUAGUUGUAUGUAUAUAUAUAUUGCAUUUUUUGGUUGUAAACUGGUACAGUAUUAUUUCUUUUAUAUAUAUAUAUUUUUACACUCAGAAUGUAUGGAAAUGACCCAUGAACUCUUUAAAUGUAGAGAUGAACUGAUGAUUGAAUUGUAUACUCAUAAUGAGAAAAAGACAGAUUUCAAAGAUUUAAAACAUUUAUGUGGUCCUAAAAGUCAGGUUUAAUGAUAUCAUUAUUAAUCACAGAUUUUCUUGUGUUUGUUUUAUUUCGUUUAGUUGAAAGGAUAAAAUUAUGUCUGUUUUUUAUGUUUGUUAAUGUUUUAUGUAGAAAUGCUGGAGUUAAACUGUUACUGUCUAGAGUGCUGCACAGUGAUCACUGCUGGGAUUAGAAGAUAUCUGUAUAUAUAAAGAGAAUUUGCAUGAAAA